CGCGCGCCGCGUCAUACGUUCCACGCCGCCCUGUCGAUACGCACUCUCCUGAUCGUUCGAGCACGCGGGCCGAAUUGUGAAAGUGUCGCGACUAAAACGUGAUUUCACGACAGUGAGAGUUCUCCACAACACCAACAGUCCAAAACAUAGGCCGGUUGUUACAAAUCCGUUGCAAUUUUUAUUGUGUCUCAAUAGUAGGAGGUUGGUUGUCGGAGGGGGUGUUCUUCGUAAAUAAAAAGAGGAGAGGGUUCAAUGGAAGCGAGGUUCGUGACCUGCCGGAGUCUGCAGCAGAUCAAACCCCCGGAGAAGGCCCUGGCGCCGUCGCCGCCGACGGUGAAGGGUCUCUUGUCGAGGUUCGGCAGCCAGGCCCAGGCGUUGUUCGCGCCCAAGAAGCAGCGCUUCGGCUCGUCGGUGGCCAUCCACAAGCUCCGCGAGACCAAGUGGUUCAAGCAUGAGGAGCAGAACAUCCUGUGCGCGGUGCUCGAGUCGGGGUUCAUCCUCGAAGUCAAGGCCGAGGACCCGCUGCCCCCAGACUCCACCGUCUCUCCCGACUACCACAUGUACGCGGUCGCCAUGUGGAAGAAGGGUAAAGAAAAAACAAAGAACCCGGAACAGAUAGAAGUCUACACGGUACAGCAGAAAGGUGUACGCAAACGUGUCAUCAAGACUUCCUUAACUGCCUUCUGGAAGAAGGACUCGGUCAUCCGCAUCCACAACGUGGAUGAUAAACAGGAGACGCCUAAUAUCGAGAAAGAUAUUCGAGCAAAGCUGGAGAUGGCUACAAAGUCCCGUUUUGAAAGGAACUGGCACAACACCCUCCAUUUCGUCCACUGGUGUCGAUACGGCGAAACCCCGCAAGAAGCGCGCAUGAGACAGAUCAGCUUAACCACGUCGAAAACACCCAUGAUUAUCAUCUUUUGAUGGUAGUCGAUCCUGUGCCGUGACGUGGGGACGACUAUACCGUUAAUGAUAAGCGAAUCGCUCAAGUGGGGCAAUGUUGGCAUGAACAUGGGCGUAAUGCUCGUGAGCCAGAACCAGGCGAGGUCCAAAGCGAAGUCAGUCUGAGUCCAACUUGCCAGUGGACCAAGGCCCACUGGUGGUACCUGCUUAACUUGCUUCUGGCCAAACCGGCCACGAAACAUCGCUAACGUUUAAAAACCUAAUUUCAAAAUUGGAAUUUCGAUUUUCCCGAUGCAUUUCGGGGACUACGAAAAGGAAUUUGAUUUCGGAACGCAAAUUGUUCAGCUCUCAUCUUGUUCUUUUAAAAGUUCAACGUUUCCUGCCAGUAUUCUUUAUUUGUUUUGUCUUAUAAAAUUUGCUCCUCUAUGAAUUGGUAUCGCUGAAUUAACUACGUAUUAUAGAAGUAUUGAAGCUUUAAUUUUACUUAUUGUUAAAUAAAAUUUAAUUCGGAUUAAAAAUUUGCUACAAGUUUAAACAUUCCGGCGAUAAGACAAACUAAUCGGCUCUUGGCUAGUUGAUAAUCUCUAAUAUUACUUUAUUAUUGUAUCACCUUAAUAUAAGUACCUUUAUCUUUGGUCUGAGAGAGUGACAGACAGUCUGUUGAGUAUUUUUCUCUCUUUCUGACAUACUUCUGAUUGAUAAGACUGUUUAAAAAUGAUAUGUUGAAAAUAUGUACUUACAUUAUAUGUGGAAAGUAAAAUGUUUGAUUGGUAAUGUUACUCUAUGGCGCUGUUUAUAAUCUAUGGUCUAUGUUUUGAAUUCUAAGACACAUAUUGUAACAAUUUGUGGUCGACUGUUGUGAAAGUAUUUUUUAAGUUAAAUGUAAUAUUUAUAAUGAUGAAGCAUUUUUAUAAUAAAAACAUUGUACAAGA